ACGCAUCACCGUCGCGGAAUUUGCCGUCUCGUUUCCCCGGCUCCCUCGGAAGCUCGCUCGCGUCAAGGAGACGUGACCUCCCGGUCCACUGACGACCUCAGCCGUCGUGCCAUCCGUUGCCGGCCGCGUGGAGUCUCGGGCCACCUCUGCCCCUGAACCGCGCCCGGCCACGCCGGUCGCCUCCCUCUCUCCGCACCCGACGCGAAAUGACGCCCGACCUCAACGUGUCCCGCGCCCACGACCUCUGCGCGCUCCGAUUCCGGGGCUUCAACUGCACCGAGGUCGUGUACCGUCCCGCGGCCCGCGCCGCCCUCCUCUCCGCCCUCCUCGUCUUCGUCGCGGUCAACCUCAUCGGCAACGCGGCGGUCAUCGCCUCCGUCCUCUACUUCAGGCAGCUGCAGACGCGCGCCAACGCCCUCGCCCUGUCGCUCGCCUGCACCGACAUCCUCGUUGGCGCCGUCGUGAUGCCCCUGAGCGCCGUGCGCGAGGCCUACACCUGCUGGUUCUACGGCCACGCGGCGUGCCGCCUCCACACGUGGCUCGACUACUCGCUCACCACCUCGUCGGUCGCCCACCUCGCCUGCGUCGCCGCCGACCGCUCGGUGGCCAUCGGCGACCCGCUGCGCUACCGCGAGCGCGUCACGCCCGCCGCGGUCGCCCUCAUGGUGGGCCUCUGCUGGCUCAGCCUGGCCGGCUACGCGGUGCCCAUCCUCGCCUUCUGGCCCACGGUCAUGGUGCCCGAGCCCUGCCCCGACAACUGCAACGUGGAGGUGAACGUGGAGUACGCGAUGGCGAACACGGUGUGCGCCUACGCGCUGCCCCUGUCCGUCAUGGUGGCGGUGUACGCGCGCAUCUACGCGCAGGCGCGCGCCCAGUCGCGGAAGAUCAAAGCCCUCGCGAUGCCGGUGGCGGUGGCGGCGUCCGGGGACCGGCCCGAGGCGCCGUCGUGGAAGGCGAUGAGGCGGGAGCACAACGCGACGCUCACCCUGGGCACCCUGGGGGGAGUCUUCGUUCUCUGCUGGGUGCCAUACUUCAUCGCCUCGUCCGCCGAGUCGUUCCUGGGCACGGACGCGGCCAUCCUGCUCGUGGACGUCGCCAACUGGUUCACCUACGUGAACUCGACCAUCAACCCGGUGCUCAUCAUGUUGCUGAACCGCUCCUUCCGCGGCGCGCUGAAGGCGACGCUCAGCGGCAGGGUGUUCACGCGCAAGUGCCGGGAGAGCGAUUUGCUCGAUUGGCCUUAGGCGAGUGAAAGAGGUUUACAACAAACAAACAAAAAAGCAUUCAAGACAAGCCACGGCCGGUGCGAUUGUGGGCCACGCGCAAGCAAAAGCUAUGGGACCGCGUCGUAAAACGCACUGUGCGUCGGUCUGAGCGCCUUCAACGGAGGAGGAGCAAAUCAACACAAAU